GUUAUUAGAACUGCCUUACACAACAUGGACAGAGAAGCCAGAGAACAUUACUCAGUGGUCAUUCAAGCCAAAGACAUGGCUGGACAAGUUGGAGGGCUUUCAGGAUCGACAACAGUCAAUAUCACCCUGACAGAUGUCAACGACAACCCACCACGGUUUCCUCAGAGUAUUUACCGGGAAGACCGCAUCACUGGCUGGUUCACCAUGCUCACACCGCUGAACUAUGAGAAAAAGAAGUCAUACACCCUCAACAUAGAAGGAGCGAAUACACAUCUUGAUUUUCGUUUUUCUCACUUGGGUCCUUUUAAAGAUGCUACGAUGCUGAAGAUCAUUGUUGGCGAUGUAGAUGAACCACCACUAUUUUCCAUGCCUUUCUAUGUAAUGGAAGUCUAUGAAAAUGCCAAGAUUGGAACCAUCGUUGGCACAGUUUUGGCACAAGAUCCUGACAGUGCUAAUAGCUUAGUAAGAUACUUCAUUGACUACAAUGCUGAAGAUGAUAGAUUUUUCAACAUUGAUGCCAAUACUGGUACCAUUAAGACUACAAAGAUUCUUGACAGAGAAGAAACUCCAUGGUACAACAUCACAGUUGCUGCUUCAGAAAAUGACAAUCCUGGUUUGCUGAGCCAUGUCACAGUGGGUAUUAGAGUUCUGGAUGUCAAUGACAAUCCACCUGAACUUGCCAGGGAAUAUGAUAUUGUUGUUUGUGAAAAUUCUAAGCCUGGCCAGUGUUCAUCCCUCGGGGAAGGGGUGAUUUCGAGUCGGAUGAUGGCCCUACAGUGUUCAUCCCCGGGGGAAGGGGCGCUGGUGUCAGUUGUAGCUCUGGAGUUGGGUCGGAUGGCGGCCACCGAAGGGGUGGUGGUGGCGGUUCAGAGAAGGGAAGGGGCGGAGGCACAGAGCAGAGUGUGCCGGCAUGCGGGGGAGCCGCAGCGCAGGACGUGUCCGGGACCCCUAGUCACGGCCGGAGCACAGAGCCCACUCUCGCCUGCCCAGAGCCUCCAGGCAGGGCUGUCCCGGGCGGCGACACCCCAGGCAACCAGGCCGGCGAGUCCGGGAAGCCGCGAGGGGAGUAGAGUGCCCGCUCGCACUGCCGCCCGCCGAGAAAGACAGGGCAGACUCCAGUGCAAAAUGCAUUAUUUUGUCAUAGGUUCCAAUUAUUUGGUCAGAAAAGGAAAUAGAGAUAACACAGCCAGCAUUCUGACAAGGCGGAGGAGAUUUAGUCGAACUAUUCAGGAUGUGUAUUAUCUCCCCAUUAUGAUCUCUGAUGGUGGAAUCCCCUCUCUCAGCAGCAGCAGCACCCUCACCAUCAGGGUUUGUGCAUGCGAGAGAGAUGGGCGUGUGCGGACCUGCCAUGCAGAAGCCUUCCUGUCCUCGGCGGGUUUGAGUACAGGAGCCUUAAUCGCUAUUCUUCUGUGUGUUGUCAUUCUCCUUGCAAUCGUAGUACUUUUUAUUACCCUGAGGCGCAGCAAAAAAGAACACUUGAUCAUUUCAGAGGAGGAUGUGCGGGAGAACGUGGUCACCUAUGAUGACGAGGGGGGCGGAGAAGAAGACACUGAGGCCUUUGACAUCACAGCCUUGAGGAAUCCAUCCGCUGCUGAGGAGCUUAAGUACCGACGAGACAUCAGACCUGAAGUGAAACUCACUCCCAGGCACCAGACAUUGUCCACCCUGGAAAGUAUAGAUGUUCAGGAAUUUAUUAAGCAAAGACUGGCAGAAGCAGACCUAGACCCCAGCGUCCCUCCUUAUGACUCUCUUCAGACCUAUGCUUAUGAGGGCCAGAGAUCAGAAGCUGGGUCUAUCAGCUCGCUAGAUUCAGCAAUGACGCAAUCAGACCAGGAUUAUCACUACCUUGGAGACUGGGGUCCUGAGUUUAAAAAGUUAGCCGAACUCUAUGGAGAAAUAGAAUCUGAAAGAACAACUUAG